AUGCCGAAGCGCUCUCGCGAGGACCGGCUGUGGGGCUGGCUGGUGCCCCACAACCCGCUGUGCGGCGGCCCGGCCCCUCUCCGCGGGCGAACCGUCAUCAUCGGCCGAGAGGGCGACGUGCGAGCACCGUGCAACCCGCAUCUCUCGAGGCGCCAAAUCCGGCUCGAGCGAGAGGAUGACGGCAGGGUCUACGCGACGCACCUCUCCGAGACGAACCACACCUGGCUCAACUGCAAAAAAAUGGAGCGUGGUCAGCGGAUCCUCGUCGAGCCGUGUGAGGGCAACAAGCCACAUCAGCUGAGAGGCGAGGCGCCGGACGCGCCACUCCUCUUCGUCAGCGUCGUGCACGCCUGCGCGGCGCGCGCAAUGCUCGAGGAUAAGCGGCUCGAGGGCUG